AUGUGUACAAUUCCUAAACACUGUCCUGAAGCUGCGCUCGUAUCAGCUCGAGUAUUAGCUGCGGAAGGAGCUCCGGCCAUACGAUCUGCAUCAGGAGUUGAACGCAGGCCCUCUGUACCCAGACCUCCACUCUGUAAGAGAGGUUCUGGUUCUUUGUUGUCACAAGCAUCGGUGCAGGCACCGCCGCAGUCCAGGUAUCUCUGGAUCAGAAUAGCGCUAUUUGAACGUCAGUUGGCGAAGAUCAUUGAACACCUGGUGAAUAACGCCAACCGGUAUUACGAGCGCGACGCAUUAGUCGCUGAUCCCGACUACGGGAGUAUUCUUAGUUCAUUACUGGUUGGUCCUUGUGCUCUAGAGUAUUCUAAAGCUAAAGCACCAGCCUGCUUCUGGACAGAUCCUCCUGCAGACGAAUUGGUACAAAGACACAGAAUGUCUGCUGGUACCACAACACCACCUUCAGUGCGAAGGCCGAUACUCAGCUUCAAGAGAAGUUUGAAUGCCUCUUCUGACGAUGGUAGCACGGUCACUACAGGAACAGGAAAACCUGGUGGUGCCAAGGAUUACGUUGAAAGCUUACACCAAAAUUCAACAGCGACGCUUUUAUACGGCAAAAAUAAUGUCAGGGUACAACCAAAAGAUGUAGAAGAGCCAAUGCCGGGUUAUUUGAGUCUUCAUCAAACAGCAGCAGGUUUGGUGAUCAAAUGGACUCCAAAUCAGCUCAUGAAUGGAUAUGCCGAGAGCGAGGGUAUCGACAAAAGCGUUUAUUGGGCGAUGUCUUUACAAGUAUGUGUAUGGGAAGUAGUGUACGUCCACGUGCAUCGAUCUCAAGCCAGCGAUGCCCUCAUCCUCGUCGGCCAAGACGGUGUUCAGAGACCACCUAUACAGUUCCCAAAAGGUGGGCAUUUACUAUCGUUUUUGAGCAAUUUGGAGACAGGACUUUUACCUCAUGGUCAAUUGGACCCUCCAUUGUGGUCGCAAAGAGGCUCAGGAAAGGUAUUUGGUCGCGGCAGAGUAAGACGGCGGCCUAUGCCGAGCCUAUGCGAGAGCGAUGAAACGGAAGAACUCGAAACAGAUGAUGCUGCCGGAGACUACGUGUUUCGUAUUGUUAACAAUACAAUUGCUGAUAGGGAAGCCAUGAUGCGUCACUCACUGCUUGAGCGCGCAGUACAAUCUCCUCCCCGUACUCCACGCCGGACACUCAUUUCUACAUCCACAACAUCAUCAGACUCGUCCACUAUGUCAGUUGACUGCCCGCCGUCAGCAGGACUAAAUGGUCAUCCACCACUUAGUCCACUACCGACGAAUCAUCCUGCAGAACAGGCAGCGUCAAUUGAGCUGGUGUGCAGUACGAUGCGACGUCAGAUCAUAUCUCGAGCGUUUUAUGGUUGGCUUGCGUAUUGUCGCCACUUGUCCACAGUGCGGACUCACCUUAGUGGACUUAUACAUCCAAAUAUUGUUCCUAGAGAAGGUGCGGAAGGUGGUCUGACCGAGGAACGAUGGCAAUCAAUGACUGACGAACAAGGGGCAGUUCAUGACAAAGACGAAGUUUAUCGCCUUGUUUACUACGGAGGAGUACAACAUGACAUACGACGAGAAGUAUGGCCAUACCUUCUCGGAUAUUAUGAGUUCGGCUCAACAGCAGAGGACCGUAUAGAGCAGGAUGUAGCAUGUCGCCGGCAAUAUGAGACCACGAUGUCUGAGUGGCUGUGUGUCGAAGCCAUUGUGAGACAGAAGGAUAGGGAGACUACCGCUGCUUCUAUCGCACGUCUCAGCGAGGCUUCGGGGAAAUUAAAGCCGCAAGACAAUAAUGAUCCUAGUGAGGUAUUUGAGGAUGAUUGCAGCGUCAUAUCUGACAAUCCACCAAUUGUUUCUCCUGAACCCAGUGAGAAUGAACAAAAACGACCUGACAAACCUGUGCUAUCCAGAGCACCUAGUAUAGAUGAAGUUGACAACAUCGAACUCGAUUCAGAUAAGGAUAAAGAAACCAAAUUAAACGGAGAGACUGACACCGGUAAUAAUAGGGAAAGCUUAGAUGUAGAAAGUCUUAAAGACUUGGAAGAAGAUGAUGAUGUUCAUUUAAAGAGCGUCGUCGAUAAUCCGGACAUGAGAAGAGAGAGCAUAGCCGAAAUUAAGAGAUUAGCGGAAGGAAUUGUUCAAAAGGGAAAAGGAAGGGGACUGCUGUGUAGUGUGGAUAGUGCGCACCUAAAUGGCAGUGACUUUAGAUCAUCAAUAGAUGAAAGUCAGCCGAGUCCACAGCCACAGCACACCAGUGUAAUCAUAACUAACCCAUCUGUAGAUAUCGCCGCUGGAGGGUCACCAGCUUCUGGAGGGACUACAGCAACAGUAAGUCCAGCCCGUAGUCCACUCGGAGUAGUGCGUGAAGAGUCACAGUCAGCAGGCGCAAGUUUCGAUACGUUAGAACCAUCUGAUAGGCAUGCACCAGACACAAGAUCCAACUGCGUAUCACCAGCCAGCUCUAAUGGAGGAGUUUAUUCGAACGAGUUGGUGGAAUCAUUCGCUUUAAACUUACAUCGCAUAGAGAAGGAUGUGCAGCGUUGUGACCGAAACUAUCCAUUCUUCACUGAUGAGAACCUUGACAAACUUAGAAAUAUUAUGUGCACAUACGUCUGGGAGCACCUAGAGACUGGUUACAUGCAGGGUAUGUGUGACUUAGCAGCUCCUUUACUCGUGAUGAUGCGUGAGGAAGCAUCUGCGCAUGCGCUAUUCGUCCGCCUCAUGACGCGUGCUACUGAUAAUUUCCCUUCUGGACAGGCCAUGGACGCACACUUUGCUGAUAUGAGGUCACUAAUUCAAAUUCUGGAUUGUGAACUGUAUGAGUUAAUGCACGCACACGGGGACUACACGCAUUUUUACUUUUGCUACCGUUGGUUCCUACUUGACUUCAAGCGCGAGUUGCUCUAUCAGGACGUGUUUGCUGCGUGGGAGCUCAUCUGGGCGGCCAGAUUCGUGGCAUCCGAACAUAUGGUAUUGUUCAUAGCUUUAGCUCUCCUCGAGACCUAUCGUGACGUCAUACUGGCUAACACCAUGGACUUUACUGAUAUCAUCAAAUUCUUUAACGAAAUGGCAGAACGACACGACGCUUCAGCUGUGUUAUCCCUCGCACGGGAUCUCGUUCUGCAAGUGCAGACCCUAAUCGAGAACAAAUAA